AUGUCUCCUGAGGAAAGAAUGGCGAGGUCAAAGUCGAGUGAAGAGAUGGGCAGCCCCGACGCUCUACCGCCGACAAUAUUGCCAGGGACGGACGCGCCCAUUAUAUCAGAGCCAGAACCUAUUCUGGAUGAGGAGAGCGAGGAAGCUCAAGCUCUGAUUGAGGAGCCAUCUUCCCGUUACGUCGAUGCGAGGACCAGUCUGCUGGGGAAUUACCAUCAUCACCGAGUCUGCGGGUUGAGGGAUUGCAAUCACGGUACAUUCUCUCCGAGGGCGCCCUCCGUCCGUAGCGAGAGAAGCAGUGCCGGCAGCACUCCUCGAGGAGGCUUCGGAGGUCCCUAUCCGGAGUCCAUUGGCGACGAUGAUGAGCCGACAGAUCCAGCUCGUGGAAUCCUGGGCGACUCGUUGGCCGACUCUUUCUUGGGCAGCAAACGCAUGAGCACCACCAAGUGGCUAGCCCAAAAGCAUGGGAUCAAAAGCCCGGCUUUGAUGUACUUCUCUUACUACUUCCCCUUCAUCAGGUGGAUCGGUCAGUACAAGUGGCAAUGGUUCCGUGGUGACCUGAUUGCUGCCAUUACCAUGGCGUCUUUUUACAUCCCGAUGUCUCUAUCAUACGCCUCCAACCUGGCCCAUGUACCACCUAUCAACGGGUUAUAUUCAUUCGUUUUCAAUCCUCUGAUAUAUGCAUUUCUCGGAACCUGUCCACAGAUGGUCGUCGGUCCUGAAGCGGCCGGAUCUUUGCUAGUGGGCCAAGUUGUGAAAAGCUAUAUUGACCAAGGAAAGUCAGGAGACGACGACGAUGUUGUUAAUGCUCAGAUCGCAGGCAUUGUCACCGCCAUAGCUGGAUCCGUGAUAUUCGUUGCCGGUCUAUGUCGCCUUGGAUUUCUGGACAGUGUUCUGAGCCGACCUUUCCUCCGAGGCUUCAUCAGCGCCAUUGGCUUUGUGAUCUUGGUCGACCAGUUGAUUCCGGAGUUGGGGCUAUCUGAAGUGGCCAGGGAGGUAGGAGGUGUCUCACACGGAAGCAGUGCUCAGAAAUUGGUGUUUCUGGUCAGAAACAUAGCGCAUUCCCAUGGAUUGACUGCGGCUGUAUCCUUGACCAGCUUCGCCAUCAUCAUGGUAUUUCGAACUCUCAAGCGAACACUGCAACCGCGGUAUCAUUGGGUGGCAUACUUCCCCGACCGCUUCCUCGUGGUCGCCCUCUCGGCCAUCUUCACCUGGGCGUUCUCGUGGGACAAACAGGGCCUGAGGGUUCUAGGCGAGGCCAAACCACCCGGUGGCUCACCGCUUCCGUUCCAGUGGCCAUUCCAGUUCCGACACUUGAAACACAUCGACAGCGCAUUGAGCACUUCAUUCUUGAUUGCAUUGCUCGGCUUCUUCGAGUCUUCGGUGGCAGCCAAGAGCCUAGGCGAGGGCACUCACGGGUUACAGGGGAUGACGCUCAGCGCGAACCGCGAAAUGAUUGCGCUCGGCACGGCCAACAUCGUCGGCGGCUGUUUCAUGGCCCUCCCAGCGUUCGGCGGGUACGGGCGCAGCAAAGUCAACGCCUCAACAGGCGGCACGACGCCGAUGAGCAGCAUUCUGCUCAGCUUCAUCACGCUGAUCUGCGUACUCUACCUCCUGCCCUACUUCUACUAUAUCCCGCGCGGGGUCCUGUCCGCGAUGAUCUCGGUGGUGGCGUAUUCGCUGGUCGAGGAAUGUCCGCACGACAUCAAGUUCUUCCUGAAGAUCCGCGGCUGGACCGAGCUGUUCCUGAUGAGCAUCAUUUUCCUGGCGACCGUGUUUUAUUCGCUGUCACUCGGCAUGGCGUUGGGCAUUGGUCUUUCGUUGCUGCAGCUGAUCCGCCACGCGACGAAACCGAGAAUCCAGAUCCUCGGCAAGAUCCCCGGCACGACGAACCAAUUCGAGAACGCCGAACUGACGCCCGAACACAUCGAGUACAUCGAGGGCUGUCUGAUCGUCAAGAUCCCGGAACCACUGACGUUCGCGAACACGGGCGAACUCAAGACCCGCCUGCGCCGCCUCGAGCAGUACGGCACGAACAAGGCACACCCGUCCCUCCCGCGCGUCCGGUCCGAGGAACACAACCGCAACGUCAUCUUCGACGUCCACGGCGUCACGUCGAUCGACGGCUCCGGCACGCAGGUCCUGAAGGAGAUUGUCGACGACUACGCCAAGCGCGGCAUCCGCGUCAUCUUCUGCAGGCUGCCCCAUCGCCGCAGCAAGGUGUUUUUGAGUUUCGAGCGCAGCGGCAUCGUCGACCUUUGCGGCGGCCGCUCGCAUUUCGUCGGCAGCGUCGAGGAGGCUCUGCGCCUGUCCGAGGCCGAGGAUCUUGAGCAGUUCUUCGAUGAGCGCUUGAAUAAUGGUUCUGCCGCGUCACAGGACAGAUAG